GCAUUUGAUUUGCAUUCGAAAAUGUUAUUAAUCCAUUUUAGUAGAAUCCAAGAUGGUUAUUCCUGCAUCAAAGUUUGCGGAUCAGAGGAUGCCACAUGUCUUGGUAAUCACACCAAAGAAAUUCUUUACCAGUUUCGGGCUUUACCAUCUACCACUUUUGUUAGAUAUCCUAUUGAGGUGUCUAGGAUACGGACUCAUAUGGACACACCAUUUUCGGUGGACUACAGUCUUGACACCGUUGGACUGCGACAUUUCAUCAUUGAACAAGAUAGAAAUAUUGGUAAGGAGUUGUCGUCUCUUGCACUUCAACGCCCGAAGCAGAGUUUUAACACAAAUCUCUUACGAAUUGUGAAGUUGGCUAAACCUAUAGCUGGCCCAGCGACAGAGCGAAUUCGCGUGAACAUCCAUACGAAGUCGAGGACCGGGGUUAUCCUUGCCUACAACGUGGCCAUCAUCGAGGUUUACGUGUCGCGAUAUUACUUCUGA